AACAUAUCCAUGCUAGUUGGGAAUCUGUGACCGCUGCGCUGCAAAUUUGUCAUUCAACGCUUUAAAUCGUGUGUGUCGCUGUAGAUGUAGCUCAGCAUUAAAGUGGAGGGUUUGGGCGAUAUCUGAUCCUGAACCAGAACCAUGGCUCGGGUCGUGAAAGUGUUCCGGACGCUGCGGAAUCAUUGGAAGAAGUCCACGUUUGCUGUGUGCGUCCUGUCUUACGGAGGAUACUGGCUGUAUGGGAAACGCUGUGACAGUGUUCUGAGGAGAGAGGCCUGUCUGCUGGCCAGGGAAUAUGGGCGUCAACAGAUAGCGCCACAGGAGCGGCUGAGGAAAGCAACCGUGAUCUUGAACCCAGCAGCUUGCAGCGGGAAAGCCAACACCCUGUUUGAAAAGAACGCUGCUCCUAUUUUACACCUGGCUGGUGUGGAGAUAACAAUAGUCAAGACGGAUUAUGAAGGCCAGGCGAAAAAACUCAUCGAACUCAUGGAGCAAACAGACAUGCUGAUCGUGGCUGGAGGGGACGGCACGCUGCAGGAAGUCGUCACAGGUUUACUACGACGGCCAGAUCAGGACACCUUCAGCAGCACACCGAUUGGAUUCAUUCCACUCGGCUCUCACAAUUCUUUAAGCCCGAGUCUCCAUCUCUGCAGCGACAACAAGGUCAAGGACAUCACAGCAGCAACACUGUCUAUUCUGAAAGGAGAAACCGUGCCUCUGGAUGUGCUGCAAAUCAAAGGAGAGAAGGAGCAGCCGGUGUUCGCUCUGAUGGGGCUGCGUUGGGGCGCCUUCAGAGACGUGGCUGCAACAAUCAGCAAAUAUUGGUACCUCGGACCAUUAAAGACGAAUGCGGCGCAUUGGUUCAGCACAUUAAGGGAGUGGCCCCUGGUCCGAGACGUCUCGGUGUCCUACUUGGCUCCCAGCCUCCGGCCCCCUGACCUGCCCCCUCAGAAGCCCCCCAGGCCCAACCUGAUGUACCGCAUCAUCCGCAGACUCAAGAACUACUGGUACCCGCCAGUGGAAGAGCCUCCAAAAGAGGCGGAGCCAGAGAAGUGGGAGGAGCAGCAGCUGUCAACGUUGGAGCUCUUUAUCCAGACACACAACAAGAACCCAGUGGAGCGGCGCCUUAACGACUCCCUGGUGAUCUGCGCAGAGCCCAACGACUUCACCGUGGGCGAGUUCAUUACUGUUGGAAAUAAAAAAGAGGAAGACUCGACGAUAUUCACUAAAAACGCCACCAAACUGGAGGCCAGUGCUUGCCAGCUGCAGCUGCCAGAGGGGGCCGGCGGCUUCUACAACAUCGACAACGAGGAGUACGAAGCCAUGCCUGUGGAGGUAAGGCUGUUGCCAAGGAAACUACGAUUCUUCAUCAGUGCAGAGCGCCGAGACCAGCUCCUCUCUCAGACGCAGUGAUGAGAAACAUAAAACCAGAGAGACGACGGGAGCAGCAGGAGCAAAAACUAAUUCUGAGAGACGUAACGAAAGCGAGAGGACCAGAUGCCGUCGCAACCGGAGUUCAUUUAGAGAAAUGGGUUUUUGCUUCAGCAGCAGUUUUCUGAAUGUUGGUGCUGAGCCUGUUUUACUACAUGUAAACCUGAAACAUUCAGCUCUUUUAACCAGAAGAUGACAUACUGUUGUAUAUGAAAGGACCAAGGCUUGUCUUCCAAGCCAGUAACCACAUACAGACCGUCUUACUGAGACAUGUCAUGUUUACUGAAUGGUUUACCGUCAUAUUUAUGAUCAAUAAAAAACAAUCUGUCCAGUUGA